AAUUUUAGCUUGUGUUUUAGUCAUUUUGUUAUGUGCUUUUUGUAACUUGCUUUUAACAUUUCUUUUUAGCUUUAUUUUUAUUUCAGUUUCAGUAAUGAAGCUUUUUUAUUUAGGUAAGUUCCCAAUGCAACAUCUCUAAUUUUUGUUUACGUUUUUUAGUUUAGAUCUAAUAUUUUUUCAGCUUUAUUUUACUUAACAAAACAAUUUUUAAUAGUUUUACUUUCAAUAACAAUAAGAUCACUGAAACCGACAAGUAUAGGCAUAGAGUGCGUGUGCUGAAUGUUGAAUGAUGUGUGUGUGUGUGUCUUUAAGUGUUUGAGCGUGUGAUUUCUGGUUUGACUGGUUUUUCUCUAAGAGGAAGUGAUAGCAAGUCUUUUAAAUACUGUUUACAAGAGACAAAUCAGAGCAGUUGAUUGUUCGCAGGGAUGAAGUUGGUUGGUGUGGCUCUGAUGUUUUGUGCAAUUACAGAUUUAAGAUCAGAGAUGUAUAAUGUUGUGGGACCUGCAGAACCUCUCUUUACUUUGACUGGUGAAGAUGUGAUCCUGCCCUGUUCCAUCAAGCCCAACACCAGUGCUGUAAACAUGAGAGUGGAAUGGUUUAGACUUGACCUUCAAGACUCAAUAGUGUAUCUCUAUGAAAAUCGUGAAAACAAGAUCACGAAGCAGAACCAGUACUUCAGAGGGAGAACAGCACUCUUCCAAGAAGAACUACAGAAUGGAAAUGCAUCACUCAAACUCUCAUCAGUCCAAGUCUCUGAUGAAGGAGUUUACAAGUGUUUUAUUGAGUCCAACUCCUGGUAUGAUGACAUCACUGUUAGUGUUGAUGUCGGAGCUGUAGGAACUCCUCCACUGAUCAUAGUAGAGGAGUUUGAUCAUUCAGGAGGGCUUCGUCUGCUAUGUGAAUGUGGAGGUUGGAACCCUAAACCUGAGCUUCAGUGGCUGGACAGUAAAGGAGAGAAUUUGACUUCUGAUACUGAAGAGACACAUAAAGAUGCGAAGGGCUACAAUGUGAAACACUGGAUUACUGCACAUGGCAUUGAGACCAAGUAUCACUGUAGAGUCAAACUGAGACGUCAUAUGUUGCAAACUGACAUUAUUGUCUCAAGUAAAAUGUUUCACAUUUGGAGAACAUCAGUCAUUUGGAUGUCAAUUACAGUUGUUCUCAGCAUCAUUACUGGAGUUGCAGUUGCUACUUAUGUUUACACAAGAAGAGUUCGCUAUUUGAGGAGGAUUCAAAAAGAGUUCACAAAGAGAAGGAAAUAUGCAGCGGAUGUGACACUGGAUCCAGAUACAGCUCAUAAGUAUCUCAUCUUGUCUGAAGAUGGGAAACAAGUACGACGUGGAGAAAAAAAACAGAAUGUCCCAGACAACCCUGAGAGGUUUGAUAAAUGUGGGAAUGUCCUGGGAAAGCAGGGAUUCUCCUCUGGAAGGUUUUAUUUUGAGGUGCAGGUUAAGGGGAAAACUGAUUGGGAUGUAGGAGUGGCCAGAAAAUCCAUUACCAGAAAGGGGAAGAUCACACUGAGUCCUCAGAAUGGUUAUUGGACAGUGCGGUUGAGAAAUGGGAACCGGUAUAGUGCCUGUGCUGGGCCCACUGUCUCUCUCUCCCUGAAAGUCAAGCCUCAGAAGUUGGGUGUGUUUGUGGAUUAUGAGGAAGGCUUGGUCUCUUUUUAUGAUGUGGAGUCCAGAUCUCAUAUCUACUCUUUCACCGAUCAGUGGUUCACUGAGGAUCUCUAUCCGAUCUUAAACCCAUGUACAAACAUUAAAAACAAAUACUCUGCUCCACUGAUCAUCUCAUCUGUUAAUUUCAAUGAGUGAAUGAACUUACUAAUAAAUAAAUAUAAAAUUAAAAAUAAUUGUAUUAUAUUAUAUCACAUUUAUCAAAAACAUUGCAUUCAAGGUAUGCAUUUUAUCAGGUCUUGCGUUCACUGGGAAUUAAACACGUGAUUUUACUACAGCCUUUGCAAAGAAAAGAUAAGUAUUUUCUAGUAUGAUGUAGUAUGUGUUGUAGAUUGGAAAAAUUGUAAUCAGUUUUCAUUCAAUUUUAUUGUUUUCAACACUGCCUCUUAAAUUAUGUAACUCUUUGUAAGCAUGUAGUGUGCAUACAAUUCACUGUGAUGUUUUUAAUGCCUUAAAAAGUCUUGAAAAUGCUGUAUAACUUUAUAAACAAGCCAUGAUUAAAACUGUGAAUUUUUCAAUCUGUCCAGGUCACAGCAGAAUGUCAAAAAGGUUUCAUUUGUAACUGGACUGUAUUUUUUAUUUAUGAAAGACACUUGCCUAAUGAGUUAAGAGGAAAGUUCCCACAUUCAACCUGCUAACGUCACGCAGUUUUUAAGUGACUGUGAGAAUUUGCUUUACUGAUGGUGUGUGGACUGAAAGAGUAACUGCCCUUUACUUUUAAAGAAACAUGAGAAUUGAUUUUAACAUUUAUCGCACCACUGGUAAGAGUUUAUAUACUUUUAGCAAACAUGACAUACUGGUGUAAAGUUUGACACAACAAAUAUCACAGAAAAUUGUUAGAAUUCUCUCCCACUAUGCAUAUGAGGAUAUUUCAGGUGACUUUAUACACAUCUGCCCGCAGUACCACAUCUUGUCUAAUGAUAAAAUCAUAUGUAAGAUGGAAAUAUAUUUCAUAAUAUCUCUGAAUAUAUACUUUUAAGAAAGAGAUUCUGAGAA